UUCUUGACUUCUGACAUUUUAUCUCGAUCUUGCAGGGAGUGACGAGCUUUCUCUGAAGGUAGUGAUGUCCAUCCAAAAGCUGCUGGUAGUAGGAGGGAACGGCUUCUUAGGCUCUGCGAUAUGCAAAGCAGCCGUUGGUCGAGGAUGGGAGGUAUCUAGUAUGAGCUCCUCUGGUAAACCCUACGCAACGCCGGCUGGGCAUGCUCCAAAGUGGGUGGACGCUGUACAAUGGCACGCCGCCAAUGCGUUCGAACCCUCCUCCUACUCUUCCCUGGUAGACUCAUCCACAGCUGUCGUGCACACUCUCGGGAUACUCCUUGAAGAUGCUGGCUACAAGAAAGCAGUCCGCGAUGGAAAUGUCUUUGGCGUGCUGGGAGCCAUAGCAAAGGGAGUGACUGGCGGACAGAGCUCAAAUCCAUUGAAGACGGGGACUGAGAGAAGGCUAGGAUAUGAAGGGAUGAACCGAGACUCUGCGCUGCAUGUUUUGGACACGAUGAUGGCUUCGUCAUCCAAGAACAAGAGCCGGCCAUUCGUUUACAUUUCUGCAGCUGAUGCUUUCCGACCUAUCGUACCGGAAAGAUACGUCGAGACCAAGAGGGAAGCAGAGCGAGAGAUCUUCAGAAGAUGUCAGGAGGAUCCGGCCCGAGGCAUUCGACCGGUGUUUAUCCGGCCAGGCCUGAUGUACCACCCGCACGUUCGACCCAUAUCGACUCUGCCCGCAUUCCUCUUAUCUGUCUCUGCCUCUCUUCCUCUUCCCAACAUCUUCGCGUCGCGCUCUUUAUUGGGCUCUAGUGUCACCUCGCUCAAGACUCACCCCAUACAUGUUGAUCACGUAGCGGAGGCUAUACUACGAUCCAUAGACGAUCCAGAAAGAGUUGGCGUAGUCGAUGUGGAAUUGAUGAGAUCAUGGGCUGGUUUUCAGGACGCAGAGGAGGCUGUCAGACGGCGGAGUGGUCUGGAGAGCAUACAUUGAUGGGUAUACUCUGACAUUAUGCUUCAUUCAAGAUCCCUGCCUACGGCAGCUAGUUAUAGGGUCUAUGUGUAAUUCGAUUUGACGAUGCGACAUUAUAA